UUCUACCGAUCUUACACAUUCUUCCCAACUUCUCUCGUUAUUGUCUCUUUCUUAUAUUUCACCGUACUUUUUAUUACAACUCUCACCUCGAUAACCCAUCCAACUCAUCUUCAUUUCGUUGCACCUCUACGCCGGAGCAGUGGCUAUAUUUCCGCUUCCAUUUCUAAAAGUGGUAAGUUUGAUUCAUCAAUUGGAGCACCGGAGUUACUCUCAUGACUUGUUGCUCUCAUCUUUUCAGAAAAAUAAGGUCUUCCUCAGCCACACGAUUCGCCGGAACCGAUAUAGAUAUUUCAGAACUUCACAAUGUCAAAAUUUACACUUACAAGGAACUGCGAAUCGCCACUACAGGGUUUAGUCUUGCAAACAAGAUAGGGCAGGGAGGUUUUGGAUCUGUCUAUAAGGGAAAGUUGAGAGAUGGUUGUCUGGUAGCUAUAAAGGUUUUAUCAGCCGAAUCAAAACAAGGGGUCCAGGAGUUUUUGACAGAAAUCAAGGUGAUUUCUAGUAUAGAGCAUGAAAAUCUAGUGAAGUUGUAUGGAUGCUGUGUGGAAAACAAUCAUAGGAUUUUGGUAUAUGGCUAUCUUGAGAACAACAGCCUAGCACAAACACUUCUUGGUCAUAGUAACAUCAAAUUCAGUUGGGAUGUAAGGCACAACAUUUGCGUAGGUGUUGCUCGAGGGCUUGCAUUCCUUCACGGAGAGGUUCAGCCACAUAUCAUUCAUAGAGAUAUAAAAGCCAGCAAUGUAUUACUUGACACAGAUCUCAGACCCAAAAUUUCCGAUUUUGGCCUUGCAAAGCUCAUUUCUCCAAACUUGACACAUAUUAGUACAAGGGUUGCUGGAACUGCUGGUUAUGUGGCACCUGAGUAUGCAAUACGAAAUCAAGUGACAAGAAAAUCGGACAUCUAUAGUUUUGGAGUGUUACUGUUAGAAAUUGUUAGUGGGAGACCCAACACAAAUAGACGUUUACCUGUUAAAGAACAAUAUCUUCUUACCAGGGCAUGGGAUUUGUAUGAGAAAGGGGAGCUAAAAACAUUGGUUGAUUCUUUUCUAGAAGAGGACUUCAGUGUUGAGGAGGCAGUCAAAUUUUGCAAGAUUGGUCUUCUUUGCACACAGGAUUCUCCUCAGCUCCGGCCUUCUAUGUCCACUGUGCUUAAAAUGCUUAUUGGUGAAAAAGAUGUGAAUGAGGAUCAUAUAAUAAAACCAGGCUUAAUAUUUGAAUUUGUAGAUGCCAAUGACCUAGAGGAUAAAAGAUGCAAGGGUGAAGUUAAAAGUACAUGUACUUCUUUGUUGGCUAAUUCAAGGAAGCAAGAUGAUUCAUCUUCAUCAAAAACCUCUUUUGCUACCAUGUGUUUCACUGCUAUUUGUGAUCGAACCAAUUAAUUAGAAUUUGAGUGGUAUUAGGUAAACCUUGUGUUUUCUUUCUUGUAAUUAUGAAUAGAAUUUUGUAUCAUAUAUAUGUGUUACCCAUAUUUUUUUACAAGCACUAAUGUUUACAUUUUGGAUAUGAUUGUAGCUAA